AAAUGUUUUAGGCAGCAAAGUGAAAAUUGUCAAAGACUUUUUCGCUACAAAGGUUCAAAAUUAGGAUUUUCCAUACAUACCAUAUAUAACCAGUACCCUCCCUUGGAUUGAUUGCUUUAAACCGGAAAAAUGUCUCAACCUGUCGCAUCGAAGGCUCGCGUCAUCAAGAUCCUCAACCGCAUUGGAGCCCGCGGCAUACUAACUGAGGUCAAGGUGCAGUUGGUCGAUCAACCCAGGAUGCAAUUUAUGAGAACUGUUAAGGGUCCUGUACGUCUUGGGGACAUUGUGGACUUUGAGGACACCGAAAUAACCUGGCAGUCUCCGAGCACGAGCAACAGCAACUUUAAGGAUAUUUGUUAGGCGAAUUAAAAGAUCGUUGGUACUGCAAAAGAAGAAAAACAUACUCUCCACCAUACUCAAAAAUUUAGUUUACAAUAAAAUUUUAAGAAUUUAA